AUGGCCACCAUUUAUGAACUACAGCGUCGUAUGCUCGAGCGCAGUGGGUUCUUUGGCUUUGAGCCGUACACCGACCAACCAAUGCGGAUGCGAGACCGGCCCUCAUCAGACCAGGACAGUGGCAGCGGCGACGAUGGUGAAGAAACCUGCGGCGUGGAAGCAGCCGUAUCGGGACUUCGUGGAAAAAUCUCCGCUAGCGAAAGCCCCGACAAUGACCCUCUUGAACCCGAUCGUCUCGGAAAUACCCGCUGGUGUACCUGCGGACAGUGCAUGCCGAUGCCCACCGCUCUUGAAAGCGUAUGGUGCCGCGAUAUCAGGUGCGAUUCAAAGGCAGCCUUCGGGUGCGUUACAGAGCACCCAUACUUUCACAUGUGCCUUGACGAGGUAGUGCUCAGCGUAGUCCUUCAAAUGUCCGAAGACCUUGUUUGA